AUACAUAUACACUUCUAUAUACAUAUAUACGUACCAAAUUUCUCUGGCAAGAUUCGGUUGCAAAUAAUUUCAUUUCUUGGAGUUAUCCUUGUAUCGUUAUAUUAUACGAGAGUUAAAUACACCAUGUCAAUUAGUACACCAACUACCCCACCUAAUUGGGACCACACCCCAGAACAGGUAAUUGAACUUACCAAGGAGUUUAUUGAUAGAUAUAUCAAAUUGAACGAUGAAAUUGUUGCAAUUGAGUCUCCAACUGUUGACAAUGUGCUUAUCCCUUUGGCCAGACAUGAGAAUAAGGAAGAUCAUUUAGCAAAUCAACUUUCUUUCUAUCAGUACGUGUCCGAUAAUAAGGAACUUCGUGAUGCAGCACAAGAAGCAUCUAGAUUGGUUGAUUCCGCAUUCAUUGAACAAGGUAUGAGAGUUGACCUUUACAAUGUAUUUCAAAAAGUCAAUGAAUCUAAAGAUGAAAUUAAAGAUCCUGAAACUAAAAGAUUUCUUGAAAAAGUGGUAACUGCAUUCAAAAGAAACGGAUUACAUUUGCAAGAAGAACAAAGAAAUAAACUUAAGGAGCUUCAAAAGAAGCUUGCUGACUUAGGAUUGGAAUUUCUGAAAAACAGCAAUGAAGAAGAAGGAUUUGAAUUGUUUACCAAGGAAGAACUUGAAGGAGUUCCAGAAUCUGUUGUUUCACAAUUUGAAAAAGAUGAAGAAAGUGGAAAGUACAAGAUGACUUUCAAAUACCCUGAUAUCUUCCCAGUCUUGAAGUAUGCCAAGCACCAGGAAACCAGAAAGAGAGCAUUCAUUGGGGAUGCCAACAAGUUGAAGCAAAAUGCUCCAUUGCUUGAAAAUUUGAUUAGUACUAGAUUCGAAGUUGCAAAGCUCCUUGGUUACAGCACCUACUCUGAAUACGUUUUGGAAGAGAGAUUAGCAAAGAAUGAAAAGAGAGUUUUGGACUUUUUGGGAGAUCUUCAAAAGAAGUUGACUCCAUUGGCAGUGAAAGAAUUGGAAAAAUUGAAACAAUUGAAAGAUGAAGAUUUCCAAGAAAGAGGUCUUGAAAUUCAAGAUGAAUAUUAUAUUUGGGAUAAUCGAUUCUACGACAACUUGAUGUUGGAAAAGGAGUACCAAGUGGACAAUGCAAAGAUUGCUGAAUAUUUCCCAUUGGAAUCAACUGUUUCUAAGAUGCUUGGAUUCUAUGAAAGAAUUUUUGAUAUUCUGGUAGUUGAAUUGAAAGAUGAUGAUGAAAAUAAAAAGAUUUGGCAUUCUGAUGUUAAACAAUUUGCAGUUUAUCAAAACAUUAACCAUGGGUCUCCAAAGAAUGAAUUUAUUGGGUGGCUCUACUUUGAUUUACAUCCAAGAAAGGGUAAAUAUGGACAUGCUGCUAACUUUGGUCUCGCACCUGGUUACCUUAAGGAAGAUGGUGAAACUAGAUCUCGUCCUGUUACUGCUCUUGUCUGUAACUUUACCAAGCCUUCCAAGGAUAAGCCUUCGUUAUUGAAGCAUGAUGAAGUUGUUACUUUCUUCCAUGAGUUGGGUCACGGUAUGCAUGAUUUGUUAGGUCGGACCAAAUAUGGUCGUUUCCAUGGUACCAAUGUUCCUCGCGAUUUUGUGGAAGCUCCAUCCCAAUCAUUUGAAUAUUGGACUUGGUCCGUCAAUGAAAUCAAGUCAUUAUCAUCUCAUUUCGAAACUGGUGAACAAUUGGAUGAUGAUCUUAUUGCUCAAUUGGUCAAAUCUAAAAACGUUAAUGGUGCAUUGGCAAACUUGAGACAAUUACAUUUUGCCUUCUUCGACAUGAAAUUACACACAAUUUCUAAAGAAGAAGAUUUACGUAAAGUUGAUUUGGUUUCUUUAUGGAACAAUUUGAGAGAGGAAAUUUGUCUUAUUUCCAAUGGUGGCAUCGACACUUACGGUUAUGGUUCCUUCGGACAUAUCGCUGGAGGGUAUGAGUCUGGUUACUAUGGAUACCUCUUUUCUAAGGUUUAUGCAGAUGAUAUCUAUUAUUCCAUCUUUAAAAAGGAUCCCUUGAACGUUGAAAAUGGUAUGAAGUACAGAGAUAGUGUGUUAUCUAAAGGUGACUCGAGAGACGUAUUGGAAUCUCUUGUCGAACUUUUAGGUAGAGAACCCACUUUAGAUGCUUUCUUGGAAGAAUUGGGUUUGUAGAAAAAGUUAUACAAAAUUUAAAAGUUAUUCUGAAUUAAUUAAAAAAAUAUAUUUCCCUUUAUUAAAGUUAUACUGUCUAUAAAUA